AUGACCCGCUCCUCUAUAAAAGAAUUGGCUAAUUACCAUCCUGAAAUUGAAAGAUUUAUUCGAUUACGCAGGAAAGAACAAACAUCGUCUUCUCAAGGAGCAUCUUGUAAAGAAACGGAAAACCAGGAAGCAGAAGAUAAUAACCCACUUGGGAUCCCACCACCAGUCCAUAUAGAGGAGCAAUUUGAUGAAGUGGCGCCAAGGCCAGCAAACAGAAUCCUUAGGGAUUAUGCUAGACCUGAUCGCUUCAACUGUGAAUCUAGUGUCAGGAAGCCCCCAGUGGCAGCCAACAACUUUGAAAUCAGGACCGGCCUGAUUCAGACAAUUCAACAAUCUUGUAUCUUCACUGGUGAUACAAGUGAAGACCCACAUAGUCAUUUAAUUGAUUUUCUAGAACUUGUAGAAAUUGCUAAGUACAAUGGAGUACCUCCUGAAGCUAUCAAGUUAAGGCUAUUUCCUUUUUCUUUAAAAGGAGAUGCCAAGACUUGGUUGCGAAGUUUGCCUCAAGGGUCCAUUACGACAUGGGACCAGAUGACUCAGAAGUUUUUAAACAAAUAUUUUUCCCCUGCUAAAACAACAAAGUUAAGACAAGACAUAUCUAAUUUCUUGCAGACUGAUACUGAGUCAGUUUACCAAGCUUGGGAAAGAUUAAAAGCAAUGUUAAGAAAAUGCCAACACCAUGACAUUCCUGAACAUAUGCAAUUGUACAUUUUUUAUCACGGGUUAGAAUCCUCUGCUAGAAUUGUGAUAGAUGCAGCUGCAGGAGGUUCUGUAAUGGGAAAAACCACAGAGGAAGCAUUGCAAGUGUUGAAUGAAAUUUCUGAGAAUGCUAUCCAAUGGCCAUCUGAGCGUGUAAUAAUUAAAAAGGUUGCUACGGUGAAUACACAACAAUCAAACCAAUCUGAGGCUUGUGACAUGUGCGGAGGAAACCACCAGAACCAUGAAUGUCAAGCAACCAAUCAAACGGAGGAACAGGUUAAUGUCAUCGGUUACAAGCCAUAUCCUUUUGGGAGUCCAAUGGCACAGAAGCAUCCAGGAUUUCAGUGGAGUAACCCAAAUGGUGCAGAAAACUCACAAAGCUUCCAGAAACAACAGAUACAAGGUCCGCCGGGAGACCAGAGUCAAAAUCGUGGGCAACCGAGUUACAGACCUUAUCAGCAAGCAGGACUAUAUCAACAAAUAGGGUCAUACCAGCAGAGGCCCCAACAAGCUCAUCCAAGUCUUGAUGACCUUUUGUACAAGUAUAUUAAGUUAAGCCAAUUGGCAGCUCUUGUGUCAGAAAAGAUUCAGGGUCCAUUACCAAGCAAUACAGAGAAAAAUCCAAAGGAGCACCUUAAGGCCAUCACUUUACGGUCAAGUAAGGAACUUGAUGAACCUUAUGCAGGCAGACAAGAAAAGAACCAGACAGAACAACAGGUAGACAAGGGUAAGAAUUUUGAAAAACCAUCUGAACCAUCAAAGGAGAAAGAAAUAAAGAAUAAGGAAGAAAAAAUUUCUGAAAAAAUGGCUGCCCCACCUAUGACAAUUCCUUUUCCACAAAAAAUGAAACGAGAAAAGCUUGAUGGUCAAUUUGCAAAGUUUUUGGAAAUCUUAAAACAGAUUCAUAUUAAUAUUCCUUUUACUGAUGCUUUGUUGCAAAUGCCUUCAUAUGCUUAA